AUGGAUUUACAAGGUGACAGUGUGAAUAUUCGUCCGAGAAGGUAUACNNNNGCCAGAGAUAGACCACCCGUAGAGGGUUUGAAAAAAUUUGCUUUCAACUACAAGAAUUCCGUUGGUAAAUUGCAAUUGGACAAGUUUCGAUAUGACAAGAGACCUUUAACAGAUCCUAGAUUUAGGAGGGAACGGACAACAUCGCCAAAGAAAUCUUUACAUUCUCAGUCCGACUGCUACUUUACGACUACCGCCAAAGAUCAACGACCAGUUUCGCAGUCGGCACCAACGUUUUCUCCUGCUAAAAAGAUGGUUCUCGCAAAUGCAGAGAAAAAAGGGGAUGUUCCUUUGGUGGAGGUAAUCACUACUACAAACGAAAGGUCCACCUCGACUUCUCACGCAGUUCAGGAUGUCGCCAUUGCAACGGUCACUAAAUCUGGAAGUGCUGGAAAAAGUUUCAACGACAAGAGCAUCAACAAUACCAUUUCUGACAAGUUCGUUAGUAUAAAUAAUAGCGUUUACGACCAGGACAACAAAAGUCUGACACUAUCAUCGCACAAAUCAAAUAACAAUAAAAAACGGAAGUUUGAUUGGAAUGGGCGCAAAGUAAAUGUGAACUAUAUCUCGAAAAGUACUUAUUUGGAGGACCCACGUCUGCUCGCUAAAUAUGCUAAUCUCUUUACUAAUUCUGGUCUGAAAAAAACAAAGAGUUCGAUGACGAUACCAUUCGCAGUAGCAAAAAUGCCCGAAGGGUUUUGCAUGUGCAUGAAGUGCUCCUGCGUCAAAAACAAUUCUUAUGACUAUGAUGGAGCUACAGAUAUUGGAAGCGCUUCUCUUGUUCUGCAUAGAGAUGAACUUCUGAAACAACAUUUUGCUGGUUAUCCAUAUUACAUGUGGAUUUUCUAUACGAUUGGAUGCAUGUGUGGUUUGUCACUUGUGGCCUUGCUUGCUUGGAUACUGUCAAAUGAUUUUCUGUGGAGUUUCGUCAAUAAACCGGAGCCAGAUCGGAAACAAUUUUCAAAUAAUCUCGUAAAUUACUUGGCUGGCUCUUUCCUUUAUGGCAUAAAUUAUUUUAUUGGAAAUUUGUACAAUUUCUUUGUGCUUCCGGUGAACGUUUGUAAUGCAUACAAUUUAUCAAUAUUGACUGUAGUUAAUUGCAGAGAAACGCAGUUUUUAGACAACAAGAGGAUCAACAUUCGUGGAUAUUUAAUGGAUAAAAUUGAAUAAAU